AUACACCGUGCUGACGUGUUGUCGCCGCGCGCGCGGACCUCGUUUCGGUGGGGAGCCGUUUGGAUUGAGAGCCGUGACCCGUCAAGAUGAGUGUGGAAGUGGAAAGAAAAUUCCUCUGUAAUGCUGACACUCUGAAAACUCUGGAGGAGAUCGGUGCUGUCUGCGUCGGCCAGCGGCAGUUCCACGACGAGUAUUUCGACACCGCCGAGUUCCACCUCACUCUGAGGGACAUGUGGCUGCGGAAGCGCAAAGGAUGCUGGGAGCUGAAGUGUCCCACGGCGAAGCUCGACGGCUCGGAGGAGCAGCGGGACGCGGCGCUCUGCACACGCUACAAGGAGAUCACCGACCUGCCGGAGAUCCACCUGCGGGUCCGAGAGGCCGUGGGAGACGAGGACAUGGAGACGUGUCCCUCACUGGAGGACGAGUCCUGGCUGAGGAGGUGGAAGCUGGCGUGCUUCGCAGAGUUCACAACGGUGCGCCGGUCGUUCACGCUGCAGGAGGAGGGCGUGCAGGUCGAUCUGGACCAGGCCGACUUCGGGUAUCACGUGGGCGAGAUCGAGGUCCUCGUACCAGAAGGGGGCGACGUGCAGCGAGCGAUGGAGAAGAUCAGCAGGACGGCUCAGCAGCUGGGCCUUUCAGGAGACAAGAGAAUCGAAGGGAAAAUGACUGUUUACCUGAAAACAAAUCGUCCUGAGCACUACGCGAGACUACUGAAGGAACAAAUUCUGUAGAGAGAUAUCACGCUCCGUGUCUCAGUCUGUUUGAUUUAAAAUGUUAUUUAUUAGAAAAGCAAACUAAACACUGGACAAAAAGUAAGAAAAUGUGAGUUCCUGUUGGUUAUUUUACUGCUGUAAGGCGACACAGUGGUACAGUGGACAGCACUCAUCGUGAGAAGGUGCACUUUUGGAGUUAGUGUAGAUGGACUGAUGGAUGGAUUUAACUGUGAGUCUUGGGAACAAAUGCACUGCGGUUCAUCCCACGCAUGCACAGUAUUGGCAAACGUGGCAUCAUUUAAAACAGCAGUGUCAAACUCAUCUGAGCCUCUCUCGACCCGACAACGACGUGAAAAAACAUCCUUUUUUGCGUUUUUGUUUUUUCAGAAAAUUUUGGACCCCCCAAAAUGGACCCCCAAAAUGCAACAAAGAUUUUGCCUUUUCACUUGAAAACAUUGCAUAAACCCUACCUCGGAUAUUACACUUAAAGUCCUCUCUGUGCAGAGUUUGCAUGUUCUUUCCAGAGUGUCGGGCCUCCUGUUUACUCUCAUAUACUGAAAUCAUGUUUUGAACUGUGUGUGUGUGUGUGUGUGUGUGUGUGUGUGUGUGAAGCUACUUUUACCUGUUGUCCUUUCUUUGACCAGCCGCAACUUAAACUGUGGACUCCUCCUGUGCUUGCCACUGCACCACUGUGUCUCCCUGUGUUUAAAUAUUUCCAAAAUCCAGCGCUGUGCAGGUAUAGAAAUGAUGUCUGUCACCAGAAAUCUUAACAAACCGUCGGGUUCUGCUUCUUUAACUGAUUGCACUCCAAGGGUUAAAAUUUAAUCGUGAAGAGUAAACGAGUGCAGGUAAUGAGCGGCUUGUCGGGCCAUCCAGUUUCCAGCGGUUUCGGCUGUCUCGUGCUGCUGUUAUGACAUGUUGCUACAAAGACAC